AUGCCGGGUCCUAACGCUACUGUGACCGAACGGAAGAAGGUUCGUGGUUAUCUAGAUGGGUGUUUCGACAUCAUGCACAGUGGUCACUACAGCGCUAUGAGGCAGGCCAAAGCUCAAUGUGACGUCCUCAUUGUUGGGGUGUACGCGGAUAGGGAUAUCAUUCCGGACAAGGCGCUGCCUGUUAUGAAGCAAGAGGAAAGAUAUGCUUUUCUGAAGCAUUUGAAGUGGGUGGACGAAGUACUGUAUGGCGUACCGGUGGUGCCGACCAAGGAAUUCUUGGAUACAAUCAAGGCCGAUUUCUGUAUUCAUGGCGAUAAUAUGCCAGUGAAUGGUGGAGGAAGAUGCGCUUAUGAUGAUCUUAGAGACGCUGGUAGACUCCGCGUUAUUAAACGUACGGACUGUGUGACGGUGACUGACCUUGUUGGUAGACUGUUAGUUCAGACCAGAGAUCAUCUCACUGGCCCUAGGAUAGAUGAUGGGCUUGAUGUUGCAACACGGCAGAUAUUGUCGGCGCCUGGUAGCCCUAUAUGUCUGGCCACUGAUCUCGUCAUCAAUAGUGCAGCGUCCAGUCCUCGGAUGAUUUCUACGUCUCCCACGAGUAGCCGGAAGGUAUCAAUCGAGACCAUUAAAGCCUACAUCGAUGGAGCAUUCGACGUGUUUAAUGUUGGUCAUGCUGCUACUCUUGAAAAGGCUAAGGCGUGCGGAACGUAUCUCAUAGUUGGCGUCUUUGACGAUCGUACAGUGAACGAGAUGAAGGGCUGUAACUAUCCUGUCAUGAACUUGGGAGAAAGGGUUCUCAAUGUCUGCGCCUGCAAGCAUGUUGAUGAUGUCGUUAUUGGAGCACCUUUGGAUGUUACUGAAGAGUUCCUUAGGAGUCUCAACAUCAGAGUUGUUGUUCAAGGAUCCCAGACUCUCCAUCCGUCGAGUGAAGUGCCUUGUGAUGAACGCGGUGUAGCCUCUUCGCACCUUAGUCUGCUAUCACUUAUUAUUCGUUUCUCGUUUCCCGCUCUCACUGGUUCAUAGCCGAGAUCACCAUCGCGUUAUCAGGUACAGCCAAAUAAUGAAGUGCCGAGGAGGUUGAGCAUUUUCAAGGAGGUCGUGAGUGACUAUCCUGCUCUCACGGUCACGACUAUUGCUGAGAGGAUCGCCUGUAACAGGCUGCAAUACAUCGCGGAACGACGUGAACGAUCCAAGUCAUGUCAGUAGAAUUCUCGCUGAUAUGAGAGCGAGAACCAUCACUAUUUUACUUUGAAAAUGCUCGUAUGGGCUUAGAUGUUAUUUAUAGUCACAACCGGUGCUCAUAUUACGAUCAGAAUUCCGAGGAAACUCAUGAUGGAUGUGUAGACUCAUUUC